GCCCCCUGGGGGCCCCCCUGGGGGCCCCCCUGGGGGCCCCCCUGGGGGCCCCCCUGGGGGGCCCCCCCAGCAGCAGCAGCGCGGAGGGCGCGCGGCUGGCGGCGCAAGCCACCGGGGGGGCCCCCUGGAGGCCCCCCGGCGUUUGGCACCGGCGGAACCGCCUGGAGUUGUCAGUAGUCGAAAAGUUGCAUUUUUUGGUGGCAGCAAAUGGGACUUUGCUGCGCCAAGAAGUCGAAGGAAAGGUCUUCGUUUGCUGCGCCUUGUCGGGCUUCCCCGAGUGCAGACUCACCACCAACGAGCUGCAGCAGCAGCACUUCGCAGCUCCCCAGGGGCCCCCGGGGGCCCCCGGGGGCCCCGGGGGCCCCGGGGGCCCCGGGGGCCCCGGGGGGCCCCCCGGGGGGGCCCCCGGGGGGCCCCCCGGGCCCCGGAUCCAGGCCAUUACGAACUCGCCGCUGCCCGCUGCUGCUGCGGAAGCAGCAAGGAACCAAACGAGGGGGCCCCGGGAGGGGCCCCCGGGGGCCCCCGGAGGGGCCCCCGGGGCCCCGGGGGCCCCCGGGGCCCCGGGGGCCCCCAGCAGCUCCGUGCUGGCGCAAAGAGCUGCAGCAGAAGUGCUGGAGGGGGGGCCCCCCGCCGGGGCCAAAGAAAGGGUACGGCUUUGCGGCUGCUGCUACCACCAGUGUGUUCGUGUGGGGAAGCAAAUCCCGGAAGUUUCCAUUUCCUUUAUUCCCCCCGAAGGCACCUUCGAACUCAUUUCUUACAGGCGAGCAGCAGCAGCAGCAGCAGCAGCAGCAGCAGCAGCAGCAGCAGCAGAAACGGCAGCAGCAGAGCAGCAGCAGCAGCAGCAGCAGCUUGAGUUGCUUGCUGCGGUGUUGGGGCGGGGCGGGGGUGGGGUGUGGGGCUGCGCGUGCGCUGCGGUGUGCAAAGAAGACAUCGAAGUGCCGAUAAAAGUGUGUCCUUUCUUUUACGAAAAGAAAAAAGGACAGUUCGAAUAUUUGGUUUUUCUAAAAGCUCUUUAUUCCGGAAAUUUGACUGCGCGGAACAUCGAGGUUAUUGUCCCAACUCCUCCGGAAGUUGCGGUCAUGAACGUUCUGCAGUCUUCUUGGGGCAAAGCCCACUUCGACAAUUCCCAGCUCGCAGUUAUCUGGCGCCUUUCCCGGUUCCCCGGGGGCUGCGAGUACGUGCUGCGUUUCCAGCUGGAAGUGGGGGGCCCCCCCUCGCCCGCGAGGGGCCCCCUGCGGCUUUCCUUUUCUUUGCCGGGGGCCACAGCCAGCGGCUUUUGCAUUCGGCAGCUGCGAGUAAUUGAAAAGUCCAAUUAUGUCGUUUCCAAAAGUGUUCGCUACCUCACGGAGGCGGGCCAGUACGAGCACCGCCUUUAG